UCCAAAAGGGUCUGGAAAAAGCAAGAGCUGCUUGCAGUUGAUGGUGUAUAUAAGCGCCCAAGACACUGGAAGACACAACUAGAUCGCACUCCAAGCACAGAAAGGAAGUUCAAGGCUCCCACUCCAGUCCUGACAUCAACAUGCGUGCCUCAGUUUUAUUCGUCGCCCUCGCUCUGGUCUGCAGCGUUGCCGCCAUUCCCGAACCAGGCAGACCUGGCUAUGGAGGAGGAGUUGGCGGAGUGCGUCGAGUUGGAGGUGUGAGACCAGGUGUUGGUGGUGUUGGAGUAGGAGGGGUAGGAGUUCCUGGUGGUUUAGGUGGAGUAGGAGGAGUUCCUGUUGGUCUGGGAGGAGUAGGGGGAGUUCAUGGUGGCGUAGGAGGAGUUGGGGGAGUUCUUGGUGGCGUAGGAGUUCCACCUGUAGUCAAGCCUGUGCACACUGGUGCAAUCGGCCACGGAAAAUAUGGCAAAUAGACAACCUAAGUCGAGCAUUUCCAUCAUCAGAGUCCAUCCAGUAUUACGCAUUUACUCUUUACUAGUAACUAUCACGACUUCGAGAAUUUCUUCGAGGUUGUUUUGAUAUAGAAUCAAGCAAAAUGGAAGAUCUCAGCGAUUGCUCAUCUCCUGCACCAAGAAACAUUUGCUUUAAGAUUCAUUUGUUAACCUAAUUCAGUCUUUCUUGGUCCCCAGACCAUCCUCUCAUAGCCUUCAAUUGACGUCUAGAAAUAUUUCUUUUUUGUGGUAUCUUGUAAACAGACAAACAGCUCAAUAAGCAAAAAGACAAUUUAGCAUAAAGUGCUGAUAUCCGUAAGUGUACUGUUUUUGUUAUUGUUUUUGAAUUGUUAAACACUGUGAAGGGUUUGUGAAUAUUUUAAUGUGAAUGUAACCGAAUAAAUAAUUUGUUUCUA